UUUGUUUAUAGAUUCUCAUGAUUUCUUAUUUAUCAUGUUAAGUAUUAUAAUAGUCAUGUUUGAAAAAUAUUCAAGAUGAAUACGAAGGAAAAGGAAAAAUAUAUUGAAGAAUUUGAUUUUCCUCAUUGUGAUGAAUCUUCUAAAUAUGAAAAAGUUGCAAAAAUUGGUCAAGGUACUUUCGGAGAAGUGUUUAAAGCGAGAGAUAAGAAUUGUACUAAAAAAUUCGUAGCUAUGAAAAAAGUAUUAAUGGAUAAUGAAAAGGAAGGGUUUCCUAUAACUGCUUUAAGAGAAAUAAGAAUAUUGCAAUUAUUAAAACAUGACAAUGUAGUAAAUUUAAUAGAAAUAUGUAGAACAAAAGCAACUCAAUAUAAUCGUUAUCGUUCUACAUUCUAUCUUGUAUUUGAUUUUUGUGAACAUGACUUAGCAGGUUUAUUGUCCAAUGUAAAUGUCAAAUUUAAUUUAGGAGAAAUUAAAAAAGUUAUGCAACAAUUAUUAAAUGGUCUUUAUUAUAUACAUAGUAACAAGAUUUUGCAUAGAGAUAUGAAGGCUGCAAAUGUUUUAAUAACAAAAAAUGGUAUAUUAAAAUUAGCUGAUUUUGGAUUAGCCCGUGCAUUUAGUGUAAAUAAAAAUGGUCAACCAAAUCGUUAUACAAAUAGAGUUGUUACUCUUUGGUAUAGACCACCUGAACUUUUGCUUGGUGAUAGAAAUUAUGGCCCUCCUGUAGAUUUAUGGGGUGCAGGAUGCAUAAUGGCUGAAAUGUGGACCAGAUCACCUAUAAUGCAAGGGAAUACAGAGCAACAACAGCUCAUAUUAAUUUCUCAAUUAUGUGGUUCGAUUACAACAGAAGUAUGGCCAGGAGUAGAAAAUUUAGAAUUAUUUAAUAAAAUGGAUUUACCUAAAGGUCAAAAACGAAAAGUUAAAGAUAGAUUAAAACCAUAUUUAAAGGAUCCUUAUGCGUGUGACUUAUUAGAUAAACUUUUAAUUCUUGAUCCAUCUAAAAGAUUUGAUGCAGAUUCCGCAUUAAAUCACGAUUUUUUUUGGACGGAUCCUAUGCCUUGUGAUCUUAGUAAAAUGUUGGCUCAGCAUACUCAGAGUAUGUUCGAAUACUUAGCUCCACCAAGACGUCCUGGUCACAUACGCCAUCCUCAUCAUCAAGUACCUGGGGGACCAGCCAAACCUAGUUCUAGUAUGGCCGACAGUGGUUACCAAGAUCGUGUAUUUUAGAAUAGUUAUAUUUUUUUUUUUAUAACUAUAGACUGCCAUUUAUUAUUCAUAUUUUUUUCAACUCGUAGC